UCUUCAUCGAUUAUUGUUAUGGUGUUAUGUGCGAGAUAGAAUCUACUGCAGAUCGUCACAGAGUUUGAUGAAGAUUACGUCCACAGUUUAAACGAUGUGGAGACGCUUAUGGACGCUGGGCGUCCUCGUGAUAUUGGCGCGCUUGUCGUCGGCAGAUAGAGUGUCAUCCCGGAGCAGAGAGUACGAUUAUGAAUUUCGACAGAGUAGUGAACCCUUUAGAUGUCCGUCGGAAGGAUAUCACACCGAUCCACAAGACUGCAAGGUUUAUUACAGAUGCGUCGAUUGGGGGAACGGCAGUCCUCUGACGGCCUUCCGGUUCGAGUGCGGCAGCGGAACGGUGUUCUCCAAGGAUCAGGGUGACAUUUGCACGCAUCCGUCUGACAGUGGCCGACCCGAGUGUGACGAUUCUGCGAAUGAAAUCGAUUCCUCUCCACAAGGCAACCAAGAGGUUCCGAAAAAUCCUGAAUACCCUCAAACUACAGCGAGGCCGAGACCGAUUUCGACAACGGGGACAACGCAGGCCACUGUUUCAUCGCCACAAGGAACGAGACCGGGAAGUAGCGAUAGUGGUCAGAAUAGUAAUGUACAAUGUGCUCAGGAAGGCUUCCUUGCGGAUCCCAAAUAUUGUCGAAAGUUUUAUAGGUGUGUCGACGGAGGCACAGGCUCGUACAUAAAAUACGAAUUCUCGUGUAGCAGCGGGACGGUUUGGGAUCCGAAAAUUGAGGCAUGUAAUCAUGCGUGGGCUGCUUCGAGAAGUGAUUGUAGCGAAAAUGGUCUAGGAGGAAACGGUAACGGUGAUAAUGGAGGUCCCGAAAACAAUGAGAAUGGGCAGUGGAAUGGAGAUACCGGAGGCAAUGAUGGACAAUGGAAUGGGGAUACUGGGGACAAUGGUGGUCAAUGGAAUGGGGAUACUGGGGACAAUGGUGGACAAUGGAAUGGAGAUGUUGGUGAUUCAGGACAACCAGGUAACCCAAAUGGACAACCUGGAGAUCCUAACGGACAACCCGGAAGUCCGGGUACACCGGGCACACCUGGAACACCGGGCACGCCGGGUAGUCCAGGAACACCGGGUACGCCAGGUACUCCUGGAACGCCGGGCACUCCAGGAACAUCGGGCACACCGGGCACGCCGGGUAGUCCAGGGACACCGGGUACACCGGGUACACCGGGUAUGCCAGGUACUCCAGGAACACCGGGCACGCCGGGUAUGCCAGGUACUCCAGGAACGCCGGGCACUCCAGGAACACCGGGCACACCGGGUACGCCGGGUAGUCCAGGGACACCGGGUACACCAGGAACGCCAGGCACUCCGGGCACACCUGGUACACCGGGUACUCCAGGAACGCCGGGUAUUCCAGGAACGUCGGGUAUUCCAGGAACGUCGGGCACGCCGGGUACGCCAGGUACUCCAGGAACGCCGGGUACUCCAGGAACGUCGGGCACGCCGGGUACGCCAGGUACUCCAGGAACGCCGGGUACUCCAGGAACGUCGGGCACGCCGGGUACGCCAGGUACUCCAGGAACGCCGGGUACUCCAGGAACGUCGGGCACGCCGGGUACGCCAGGUACUCCAGGAACGCCGGGUACUCCAGGAACGUCGGGCACGCCGGGUACGCCAGGUACUCCAGGAACGCCGGGUACUCCAGGAACGUCGGGCACGCCGGGUACGCCAGGUACUCCAGGAACGCCGGGCACUCCAGGAACACCGGGCACACCAGGUACAUCGGGUACUCCAGGAACACCGGGCACACCGGGUACUCCAGGAACGUCGGGCACUCCAGGAACACCGGGUACACCGGGUACGCCGGGUAGUCCAGGAACACCGGGUACACCAGGAACGCCAGGCACUCCGGGCACACCUGGUACACCGGGUACACCGGGUACUCCAGGAACGCCGGGUACGCCAGGAACACCGGGUACGCCAGGUACUCCAGGAACGCCGGGCACUCCAGGAACACCGGGCACACCGGGUACGCCGGGUAGUCCAGGAACACCGGGUACACCAGGAACGCCAGGCACUCCGGGCACACCUGGUACACCGGGUACACCGGGUACUCCAGGAACGCCGGGUACUCCAGGAACGUCAGGCACUCCGGAAACACCAAGUACACCGAGUACUCCAGGUACUUCAGGAACACCGGGCACACCGGGCACACCUGGUACACCGGGCACUACAGGAACAUCGGGUACACCGGGUACGCCAGGUAGUCCAGGAACACCGGGUACGCCGGGUACUCCAGGAACACCAGGCACACCGGGCACACCGGGCACACCAGGAACACCGGGCACACCUGGAACCUGUAACGAAGAGGGAUUUUUUGCGGACCCUAACGAUUGUCGUAAAUUCUAUCGCUGCGUUGCUGAUGGUGCAGGUUUUAUUAAAUAUCUAUUUGACUGCGGCGCUGGAACUGUAUGGGACCAAGCUGCUCAAAGUUGCAAUCAUUAUUAUGCAGUACCCACCUGUAAUCCCAGUACCGGCGAAUCAAAUGCAACUGCUGUCGAUGAGCAGGGGGAUCAAAAUGAAUCAACCAGCGAACCCGGAACUACUACAACUAAUGUACCAACCAGUACUAGGAACGGAGGCGGUACUACGAAGCUGCCUACGUCAAACGUCAUGACAACAUCUUCUAACGAAGUAACUACGCAAAUUCCUGAAAAGCAGCCACCCACAUCAACAACUGAAAUCGAUGGGAACACUAUGGUAACAGAAUCAUCACCUUCACUUGAGCCUACUGAUCAAUUGACGACUAGGUCGACGACCCUGACUUCAGGGAAUCAAGUAACAACAGUCUCACCCAUAGAAACGUCUUCGCAACCAGAUGAUGGUUCGUCAAAAAUUCCUAAACCGACACCAUCCUUAACUUCACCAGUGGAAACAACCGAUUCACAGGGAGCAGUUACGAGCCCGCCUGAAAGCUCAACUCCGUCCACAAAAGCUACGGAUUCGCCGGGAACCGCUACUUCGAUGAACCCGGAUGGCUCUGACAAGUCUGGAGAAUGCUCAGAAGAAGGAUUUUUUGGCGAUCCAACAGAUUGCCGUAAAUACUAUCGUUGCGUGUCAACUGGUUCGGGAUACACAAAAUAUGACUUCGAAUGUGGUACCGGAACAGCGUGGGACUCCUCGGCUCAAACUUGCAAUUAUAUCGACCAGGUAUCAUCAUGUAAUAGUGAAAGUAACGGAACUGAUCAAAGCGCAAAUUCUGGUACCUCGACGAGUACAACUCCAUCUAGUAGUACAGAGCCGUCUUCCACAACCAUUGAAAAUACUGCUAAUACCAGCGUGGGAAAUUUGGAAGGAACUACCCAACAUCCCGGAAUAGACAGAACUGAUGAACCUGGCCAAGUUAUUUCAAGUACCGAGAGUGGUCAGCAAAUGACUACCAAAGCACCUGUUCCGACUAACUCACCCGGUGAUUCUACCACAACCAGUUCGUCAGACCAGUCCACAACUGUCGAAACAACUGAAACUUCACCCGGAUCAACUUCCACCGAAGCUUCAUCAGAAUCUUCUCCACAAUCCAGCUCCACUGAAACCUCGCCUGAAUCAACUUCCGCUGAAUCAACUUCCACUGAAUCUUCCUCUGAAACAACUUCCCCCCUUGGCUCAACAGAAACAUCAGUUCCGCCAUGCGUGACGGCCAAACCAAACAUAACGGAAACUUGCGAGGCGGAAGGAUACUAUCCACAUCCAACGGAGUGCGAUAAAUUUUAUCGAUGCGUUGAUAACGGGAAUGGUUUCAAUAUAUACAAUUUCGAUUGCGCGCCUGGAACUAUCUUUGAUCCAAGUGUCAGUGUUUGUAAUUAUCCUUACGCUGUGUACCCGCCAAGAGACUGUUCAGGAAGCGGCCAAGGAGCUGGUACGACUGCAGCUCCUGGUGAGACAGUAACGUCGACUGAAAUGACAACGCAAGAAUCGGAGUCAACAACAACAUCAUCCGGGUCAACGACUGAAGACUUGGAAUCUACGACGUCAGCUGAAUCAACGACACAAGAUUCAGAGUCAACGACGUCACCUCAAUCGACGACACAAGAAUCGGAGUCAACUACAUCGGCCGAGUCGACAACUCAAGACUUGGAAUCUACGACUUCAGCUGAAUCAACAACACAAGAAUCAGAGUCAACGCUUUCGACGGAAUCGACGACACAAGAAUCAACGUCUACGACGUUUGCUGAAUCGACAACCCAAGAACUGGGAUCGACCACGUCAACCGAAACGACAACGCAAGGAUCAGAGUCAUCAACUUCAGCUGAAUCAACGACGCAAGAAUUAGAAUCAUCCACUUCGUCAGAGAAUCCUGUACCCAGCACUGCAACCGAAAGCACUACAACAACUUCAGAGGAAACAACUGAGGAAGGACAAACCACGAGUGAUUCGACAACGGAAUCGUCCAUGGUGAGCACUGAAUCUCCGAUAGAAUCAACGACGAGUCCAUCAGAAACAACGCCGCAGUCUUCAACCGACACAAUAAUAGCGGGAACGACGGACAGCACUUCCGAAGGUACCACUGAAACUACUACCGAAGCCUCAACGCCGUCUGAAGCCGGAACAACAACUCAAGCUACGUCAGAAUCAAGUACGGAAAAGGCUGAGUCCACGACUAUCACUGAGUCCACUGGUUCCACAACGGAGUUGGAAUCUACAACAGAGAGCGUAGAGAGUACUACUGAAGGCUCGCAGACGACGUCAGAGCAGUCGGAAAACACUACGGAAGGGCAGAAAACAACAGAAUCCACAGAACAGACGACAUCAGAAGCUCCGGAAUCUACAACAGACUCUCAAGGUACUACAACUGAUCCAUCAAGUCAGACAACCACACAAAAAUCCGAGGAAUCAACUACGGAUACUUCCCUAACAACAACAGAAGCCGGGUCAACUGAAAAUCCCCAAGUCACACCCUGUCCCCUUGCAAACUUGACCAACGAACAAAUAGCGUUGGUCUGUCCAACCGGGUUCCGCCGCCACCCGAAGUACUGUAACCUAUUCUACCAAUGCACAUCGGCAAGUAACAUGGAAGUCAAGGUUUUGGUUCUGAGUUGCCCCGAAGGCACUGUUUACGACAGUCAGAAGAUCCAGUGUAUUCCUGAGGAGGAUUCGAGUGAACCAUGCUCUGGAUCGAAGGCCGAUGCCAGAUUCUACCGAAGAUUGAAGGACAACUCCAUGCCUCCUGUGAAAGUUCACAGUCAGAGCCUCUGUCCGAGCGAAGGUCAUUAUCCAUAUGGCGAAGAUUGUAGCAAUGCCUUCUUCAAGUGUAGGCGUGACACAGCGGGCUCGAUGCAGGGAUAUGUAUACAAAUGUCCACAAGAUUUCGUUUAUUGGUCAGUUUCAAGAAGAUGCGAGAGAGCCAAUCGCCUACCGAUGUGUUCGUCCGCAGUUUACAAGAAUAAGAAUUAUCCUUGGGACAGUCGUUGGGAUGUGCCAGUAGAAGAUUUUAAUGUUUCCGCGAGAAUGCUCAAUUUUGAAAGCUAUUAAUUACUGGAUAAGUUUUGUAUAGAUGCGUUAGACUGUAGAUAAUAGAAACACGACAUGGAUGUUGAAAAUCUUUUUAUUAUUUUAAUUUACAUAUAGAUUUUCAACAUCCAUUGUCGCUCAGGCAGCUGCCAUUUUCGAGUAAUCAUUUAAUACUGACGUAAAUAGUUAUCUUGAAACAGCAGCUUGUGCCUCGUUAUCAUAUGGAUUCUAUUUCCAAUAAUUAGAUAUGAAUAGAGAGAAUCUCCGUACGAUUUUACCAAUCCUCGUCAUAAAAUCAUACGUGACAUUCAGGGACUAGGUUGUGGGAUAAGUGGUUAUAAUCACAUUUAAUAUUAAGUUUUUAGUGAAGUUGAAAUAUUUAAUGCUAUCAUCUUUAUUUAUUUUACUAAAACGUAGCAUCUUGCCAAUCACGCGGCAGAACAGAAAAAAAUCAAAAGCUGGUUUCUUAUUGGAUAUUUCCACGACUGUAUAUGUACAAUAUUUAAUUUUUAUUCUUUUCUUUUAUUUAAUGUUAAUAUUAUUUCAUCUUAGUCACUUAAUUAUAUCUAAACUAUCAUAUGAAUUAGAAGAUGAAUAAACUAUUUCGUAGUCGUACAAUCGUACAAAUGUGUCUACGGUACUGUACAGAAGUCUGAUUUUUGUGUCCAUAAUACCCGAUCUCUGCGAAAAUUACUUUCUUUUUUUUUAUCUGUGCUUGUUUUAUUGCUAUAAACUAUAAUAUAAAACAAUAUAUUUAUUCACUUGAAUAUCACAGCAAAUACUGUUUCUUGUGAUUGCCUAGUUAAAUAUUCUAUAAAUUAUAUAAGCA